CCCCCCCAAAAAAUCCUCAGCUGAUUAGCGCUCUGAUACACCUGACCACAAUUGAGACAUGGUGGUGCGAAAAGAAGUCGUUUUAAAUACCCCGUGUUAACCUUGACAAUGCAGCAACAAAUGAAACGGAAAUAAUUUAUAGAUGUUCAUCACUGUUGAAAUCGGGUGAGUUGUGGCUUGACAAUUUUGGAUUUAUGCCAUGGUCGGCUAACUUGUUUGUCAGCUAGUUUUGUACAUUUUGUAAUAAUUGUUUCACGUUGUAUUAAGCAUUGAAUUUGAAAAUAUCCCCUGGUAAUUGUUGUUUUGAUUAAGUUGGUCAUGAGCUGGAGCGGCUAAAAAUGCGAGUCUAAAUUUGCUUCUUUCCAAUGUCUUAUACGCUCUCUAAAUGCACCCAUAACUACAAUUCCAGUAUUGUCAUAUGAUCGAGCAAAAACUAAAAUGUAAGUAGGGCUCUUUACUGUACAUAUUUAGCGCCACCCCAAAAGGUCGGGACCUAUGAUCUCCGUAGCAGGAAACUCAUUUGUGAGAAAUGAAUUGUUUUUCUCCACCUGUCAUCUUCCUCAAACAAUUGUGCAGGGUUCCCUGAGGACAUGAAGGAGAUAGUCGACAAGCACAACAGAAGGGCUCCUGACUCGGAGCAAAUGCGCAUGGCAACCAUUUCCUCCUGCAGUGACUGUCAGACCCCAGUAAGUGGUGGCGAGUUGGGCCAUCACGUUGGUGUGAAGGUGACCCCUUUUGACUCGUAUAAAGACUUUUUCUGCAGCAGCCAGACUUCCGUGCAUCUCGUCAGUGCCCUCGUCACUUACUCAGGGCAGCGCAGCGAUGUAGUCAAACAAGGUUACCUGGGCAAGUUCGAGCGGAGCCACAGAAGAUAUUUUGUCCUCAGAGCAGGAAGUCACACCGGACCGAGUCGACUUGAGUGGUACAAGUCCCAAGAAAAGUUUGCAGCAAUGGAGAAGUCGUCUGGAAAAGCUACGUUGUUUGGGCUGAGCAAGCAAGGGGUACUUUAUCUGAGGUGCUGUAUUAGUGUGGGCCGCCUGAGUAGUUUCAGGAAAGGCCACACGGUGGCACUGUAUGCUCAGGACCAGACGAUGGUGCUGGUGGCCGACAACCCGCAAGAUCAGGAAACGUGGUACUUGUCCAUUAUGAAAAUGAUGGAGGAGUGUCGAGAUGAUGAAGAUCAGGCGUGUGAUGAUGACGAUGGCUAUUGCACUCUACCACCUGCGGCCUUCUUCAAAGAGGUUUGGCCUGUGUCGGUGAAUCCACGAGGUCUGGGUCGCUCCAAGUCUCUGGCAGGUGAGCUUCACCUCUGCCUCACCGCGACCUCUCUCAUCCUGUUCCGAGUGGGCGCGUGCACUGACUUCCCCUCGGUAACGAUACCUUUACUUGCCGUCCGUCGCUUCGGCCAUUUGGAGGGCUCCUUUUUCCUGGAGCUCGGCCGAUCAGCACCGGUCGGUCCCGGAGAACUUUGGUUUGAAGCGAGAGACCAAGCACAGCACAUUCACGAAGUGGUUCGGGACACUGUCAGAGCGCUGCGGGUGCUACCGGAUUUCAACCGGUCCCCAACCUCCAACCACAAUCCGCUCCUGGUCCCCAAACGCUGCAGACCCAAAUACAGAGAGAAGAAAAAGGCCAACGUCCAGACGGGCCCAACACAGUUCCAAGAGCCCAACACCUCAGAACCUCAAUCUCCUAUCAGCUUACAUAGCACUGAAUUGCCUGAGCCUGACUGCUACAUGGACAUGAGGAAGCAGCCCAGUGCUGGUGAAUGCUGUGAGGGCGAGGGUGUCGGUUACAUGAUGAUGUCACCGCAGGUCAGCCGCACUUCUUGUGUGUUGCCUCUGGACGCUUAUGUUACUAUGUCGAGCCCUCCAAAAGACUUGUCAGCCUCCAUUUCAUCUCGGGGUGGAGUUAACAGAUGUUCUCUUCUGUACCCAUCCCAUCAUCAAACCAAUAAGGGACAGCUACCGCUGCAGUUUGGAUCCAUUCACUCAACCAAAGAAUGCGCCGAUACCUCUGGACCAAUGAUGCCAUUUGGCCAAACUGCACCGCUGCGAUCUAGUCCCCACUCGAGCCACUUGCAUGCAGAGGAACGGUUUGCCAUUAGAUCGCGACUCGCAUCGUGUCUCCUAUCGUGUCUGACGACUGAUCCGGAACACUAGUUUUUGUGUUCUCAAUGCGACGCCUCCCGUCGUUUUUUUCAUGCUGGUGCACCAUGCGAUGUCUUUGCCUAAACAUGAAUGCAGUCACAUUUAGCAUUUGGGUGCAGAGCACUGCAAAGUAAUUGAUCACCACCAGGGUAUGGCUUUCACUGAAAGAUAUUUCACGGUUGUCCAAUCUGUAUCAAUUAAAGUCACUUGAA